AGUUACGCAGUUGUUAGUUUCCCAUGCCUCAUGAUUGUAGUUGCCUUUGCUGACAUUGAGGAGGAGUGGUUUUCAAGAACAUUUUUAGAGUGUUGGAAUUCAGAAAACCAACUACAGGGGUCUACUCCUCCGAUCACCAACUAUACAUGUUUGAUCUCAAUCUGAACAACUGCGAUGGCACGUGCUCCAGCCCUGAUGGUCAGGGCUUGUUGACUCGAGAUCUGUUCCCGGUGAAGGUGCAACCCAGGAAGGGGCGGCGUGGGCCGAGGUCUCGAAGCUCUCAGUAUAGAGGAGUCACUUUUUACCGAAGGACUGGCAGAUGGGAGUCUCAUAUAUGGGACUGCGGGAAACAAGUUUAUUUGGGUGGAUUUGAUACAGCUCUUGCUGCUGCUAGAGCGUAUGACAGAGCUGCAAUUAAGUUCCGAGGUGUUGAAGCUGAUAUUAACUUUACUCUCCCUGAUUAUGCUGAUAUGAAUCAGGUGAUGAAUCUGCCGAAAGAAGAAUUCGUGCAGAUGCUUCGUCGCCAGAGCAGUGGAGUUUCAAGAGGGGGUUCUAAAAUUAGAGGAGUCGCGUUCCAAAAAGGUGGACGUUGGGAGGCUCGAACGGGGGAGUUUCUUGGGAAGAAGUACGAGAAGGCAGCCAUCGUGUGCGAUGGAAGUGACACUGUCACCAGCUUUGAGACGAGCAACAAAAACAACAGUGAGGCAGUCUUUGAACUGCACAAUGGAGGUAGCCAACAUGAUCUUAAUCUAGAUUUGGGGAUGUCUGUAUCUUCUCCAAACAAGAGUGUAUGUUUGGAUUCUUUAAAGCUCCAUCAUGAUGCUCAAACCACAACAACAUUGAUGCUACACGGGGGUAACUCUGCCGCCUCAGACAUAAUGUCUAACCUUCCACUCGAAGGAGUACCAGUAACAUCACAACAUCCUAUUUUGUACAAUGGUGUGGUUGUUCGCAACAAUGAGGAAAGGGAAAGAAGUGCUCAACUGGAACUGGGAAACUUGGCUUGUCGAAUGAAUGGGCACAAUCAAACGGCUGCUGCAGCAUCAUCAGGAUUCUCAUCACCAGCUCCCUCCGGUCCUGCUUCUUCAGUUCCAUACGAUUAUGCUAACACAUCUGCAUAUUACUCUUGGUUGAAGCCAUAUCUGCCACCAUCUUAGUCUUAAUGUGGAUGCCAUAUUGCCAUGUAGUAAUAGGGAUUCAUCGCCUUUUUUGCUCUUUUUCUAUUUUCUUUUAUUUUAAAGUAAAGAGGUUUAUAUUAUUGUAGAGGUGCUAUAAUAGAUCGAUCAGUGGCGGAUGUAGAAAACAAACUACACAACUUACAACCCAUACUAAUUAAUUUAUUUGAUGUAAGGUUCGGUUAGACAA